GGAUGAGUGAUGGGAACGGUGUUCCCGGGAUGACAUCACCGUGUUGGCUGCUGUCAGGGAGCCGGGGACAUUCCCAGUAGGAAUGGGAACGGGAAAUGCUCCCAGAGCUGGACUGGGCUGUGCUGGGGAGGCUCAGGCUGCCGUAGCCCCGCGCUGGGCACGGCUGUGCCCGCUCCAGGUGAUCCCAGCUCCUGCCAAGGCUUGCUGCUCCGGCCCAGAUCUGCAUUCAUUCGGCUGCUCUCACUUGAGAGCACCUGGGCUCUGUUCCUCCUCCUCCCCAGCCUUUAGCGUGGAAGAUGGCGGGUGGCGUGGACGGCCCCAUAGGGAUCCCGUUCCCGGAUCACAGCAGCGACAUCCUCAGCAGCCUGAAUGAGCAGAGGAACAACGGGCUGCUGUGCGACGUGGUCAUCCUGGUGGAAGGCCAGGAGUUCCCCACCCACCGCUCCGUCCUGGCAGCGUGCAGCCAGUACUUCAAGAAGCUCUUCACCUCAGGGUUAGUGGUGGACCAGCAGAACGUGUAUGAGAUAGACUUUGUGAGUGCGGACGCCCUGUCGGCGCUGCUGGAGUUCGCCUACACCGCGACCCUCACCGUCAGCACUUCCAACGUCAACGACAUCCUCAACGCCGCCACGCUGCUGGAGAUCCCGGCCGUCAGGGAUGUCUGCACGGAUCUCCUGGAGAGGAAGAUUCUGGCCAAAAAUGACCAGAUGGAUACAGUAGAUCAAAUUGAUCAGAGGAACCAUCUCAGAGCAAAAGAGUACCUGGAGUUCUUCCAGAGCAACCCCGUGAACGGCCACCAAGGCAGCUUUCCGUGGACCAACCCAGAGUUGAGAGACCUUCAGAGACUGAACUUCCGAGGCCAAGAGGAGGAGGAGGAGUCAAACUGCAACGGCCUGGACUUCUACUCGCAAGCCACCCCAACCGAAAGACCAAAGGCAAGUGACUGUGACCCUGACAGCAACCCGGCCAUGUGGCUGGACCGCGAGGACGAGGAGCCGGUCAGCGGCGGGAUGUUCUCCCCUUCCCAGAACGGACAUUACAGCAGCCGUGGCUUGGCCACCCCGGGGGAGGAGGAGGGGGGCACCCCCAGGGGCCCUCUGGACCCGCAGGAACCCGGGGACUCGCCCAGCUUCAUCCCCACCGGCACGGAGACGGAGGACGACGCCAGGGAGGUGGAUGACCUGGCCACCAGCGCCCUGCUCCAGCAGAUGAUCAACUCGGUGGGGCGGCAGCAGCUCGGCGACGACGACCGCAAGGACGAGGACGGGGUCAUGGAUUAUUACUUGAAAUAUUUCGGCAGUUCCAGCGAGGGCGACGUGUACCCGUCCUGGUCCCAGAAGGUGGAGAAGAAGAUCAGGGCGAAAGCAUUCCAGAAGUGCCCCAUCUGCGAGAAGGUGAUCCAGGGCGCCGGGAAGCUGCCGCGCCACAUCCGCACCCACACCGGGGAGAAGCCCUACGAGUGCAACAUCUGCAACGUCCGAUUCACCAGGCAGGACAAGCUCAAGGUGCACAUGCGGAAGCACACGGGGGAGAAGCCCUACCUGUGCCAGCAGUGCGGGGCCGCCUUCGCCCACAACUACGACUUGAAGAACCACAUGCGGGUGCACACGGGGCUGCGGCCGUACCAGUGCGACAGCUGCUGCAAGACUUUCGUCCGCUCCGACCACCUGCACAGGCACCUUAAAAAAGAUGGAUGCAACGGGAUCCCGUCGCGGAGGGGCCGCAAGCCGCGGGUCAGGGAGGCCGGGGCCAUGCCCCCCACGCCCACGGGCAGCGCCGAGGACGGGGGGAGCUUCCCAGCCGAGAGCCAGGAGCCCGAGGACACCGCGCAGGGCGCCGAGCACGAGCGGCAGCAGCAGCAGCAGCAGCACUUUGAGGAGAAUUCCAAUAACGAAGCGCCGGGAUUGAAUGUAGCAGGAGGGUCGGAUGAGGGUAACGCGCAAGGACUCUCCUAAACCAAAAAAAAAAAAAAAAAUAUUGACAAAAUGAGAAUAAGAAAUGACAAAAAAAAAAAUCAACCCCAACCGACAAAACAACCACCUGAGAAAAACAGAAAGUCACAAAAUCUAGUUAGUACUUUUCCUCCGAUUUUUCUCUUUAAAAGAUGUUUCUCUCCCUUUUUUUAAGGAAAAAAAAAAAAAGCAACAAAAAAAAAUACAAAAAAAAAAAGAGAGAUAUUAUAUUAACGUUUUCCAAUCUUCCCAUCGUAAGCGGGGCUCUCCCCCGAGGAUCCCUCAUAGCCAAGGACCUUUUCUUGGAAAGGCAAGGACGUUAGGGAAGCACGAGGUGGGGAUGGAAAGUGGCUCUGUCGCAUGGAAAAGAGCUUCCAUGUAAAUCCAAAGCUUUAUUUUGUGUCCAAACACGUGUUUAAAAAAAAAAAAGAAAAGAAAAAAAAACUUAUUUCAGAGAGAGAUCUAUUUAAGAAAAAAAAAAAGGAAAAAAUAGAAAAAAAAAGGAGUGGUAGGAGUUGGA